ACAAGGAAAUCAUUGAUCAGCUUCGCCAAAGGCUUUCUGGUUUCUAGAGCGUUUGUAGGAAUUAUAUCAGACGGUUAUCAUAUUAAAUAAGGUCUGAUAUUUACGACACAAUGGCACUUUUUGAAGUGAGCGGUUUUAAGCCUUAUUCUGAAGUCCGUGCGCAGAUUCUCCCGUUCGGUCAGACUCGGCUUGUGGACCGACCGAACCACUACACCUUCAACACCAAAACCCAGGAGUUUGCUGUCCCUCUGGGUGAGGACCCCUCCGGGUUUCUAAAGUCCUGUAACCAUGACGGAGGAGUUUGCAUUGACCUGAACCAUGGUACCACCACUUUGGCUUUCAAGUUCAGGCAUGGAGUCAUCGUGGCCGUGGACUCCAGAGCUUCAGCUGGGAACUACCUGGCAUCAAAAGAUGCCAACAAGGUGAUAGAAAUCAACUCGUACCUACUGGGGACCAUGUCAGGUAGCGCAGCCGACUGCCAGCACUGGGAGCGGCUACUGGCCAAAGAAUGCAGGCUGUACAGGUUGAGAAACGGUCACAGGAUUUCUGUGGCUGCUGCAUCAAAGCUGCUGUCAAACAUGAUGUUGGGCUACAGAGGCAUGGGCCUCUCCAUGGGAAGCAUGAUCUGUGGAUGGGACAAACAGGGUCCAGGUCUGUACUAUGUGGAUGACAAUGGAACUCGUUUUUCUGGCCACAUGUUCUCCACUGGAUGUGGGAACAGCUACGCCUAUGGAGUGGUGGACAGCGGCUACAGAGAGGACAUGACAGUGGAGGAGGCGUAUGAACUCGGCCGCCGAGGCAUUACUCACGCUACGCACAGAGACGCUUACUCUGGAGGGGUAGUCAACAUGUACCACAUGCGAGAGGAUGGCUGGAUAAAGGUCUGCAAGGAUGACGUGUCUGAGUUGAUUCAUCGCUACAAAGAAGGAAUGUUCUAAGUUUCUUCAUCAAAUCAUCAUCAACACAAGAUAUGGAGUGGUUUUAGAAACUAAAGUGCUCUGUGUUUUA